AUGACAUAAACAAACCACACGAGUAAUGGAAGCAACAAGUGUCUAUGGUGCACAAAGACCAUGUUCAGGAAAAGGUCGGCUGACUGCUGAUGGGAGAUUCUAAUCCAAGAGAAGAAACAACACUUAGAAAGAGAGAAACCCAGAUCACCACCACCGCUCAAACAGUAUUUUAUUACUAUCAGAGCAGCCACUUUUUCCAUGCCAAUAAUGCACAUGCACCUUUCCCUUUUCAGGGCAUAAACACACCGCCCAGAUCGUUAUUAUCACUAACCAAGCUUAGGCCCUAAUCGGCGCUUUUGUUCGAUCCACCACACUCGCUCACAAGAGAGCCCAAGCUAUAGAGCAGCUCCGAGUCGUCAGAGCCUCAGAGGGGAGAAAGAAGAAGGCGCAGGCCAUGGGGAGAGCUCCGUGCUGCGACAAGGCUACUGUGAAGAAGGGCCCGUGGUCACCGGAGGAGGACGCCACGCUCAAGUCCUACAUCGAGGAGAACGGCACCGGCGGUAACUGGAUAGCCCUGCCGCAGAAGAUAGGUCUGAAGAGGUGCGGCAAGAGCUGCCGCCUCCGGUGGCUCAACUACCUCCGGCCAAACAUCAGGCACGGCGGGUUCUCGGAGGAGGAGGACAGGAUAAUCCUUAGCCUCUACAUCAGCAUAGGCAGCAGGUGGUCGAUAAUAGCGGCGCAGCUGCCGGGGAGGACGGACAAUGACAUAAAGAACUACUGGAACACGAAGCUCAAGAAGAAGCUCUUCGGCAAGCAGUCCCGCAGGGAUCAGCGGCAGCAUCAGUUCAUGCGCCAGGCAGCGGCGGCAAGCGAUGGGAUGAUGAAGCAAGAAGCGGCAACCGGGGAGGCAGCGGGAAGCAGUAGCAUGGCGGUGGCCAACUACAACUGGCACCACCACCAUCAAGCCAUGGCGGCCGUGCCUGUGCAACCAAUACUAGGCUCGAUAAUGGAAGGCCAUCGCGCAGGGGAUGAGGUAGAUGAGUCGAUUCGGAAGCUUCUUUAUAAGCUAGGAGGAGCAGGCCCUUCCACAGCACUCUCGGUUCCUCAGUGUGUUCCUCCAAUGUACUGUGGAAGUCCAGCCCUCAUGCCGCCGCCGCCGCCGUCAUGCCCAGCAGUGGACACCGGCACAUCGCUUGAUGAAGGCGGCGUGCAGGGCUCCGGCGUGCUGCCGGCGCUGGAGAUGGACCAUAGCUUCCACUUCAACCAGGUUAAGCUAGAUGGCCUGGAAAGCUUCUUCGGCAUGAGUACUGAUCAGAGCAUGCGGUGGAGUGAGGGCGACGGUGGCACCAGUCGAUGCAGUGGAAUUUGUGGCGUAAGGCCAUGUCAUUGGGCCAAUGGUGUGUGGUAGUAGUUUCCCCUAUGAUGUGUCUCCAAGGAAGUUUGUGUUCAUGGCUUAGUGUUUGGUGGUCUUUUAUUGCCAGUAGCGAGUGUUUGUGUCCUUUGUGUUUCUGGCUUUGGAUUUGGGAUGGCCUGCCUUAUAUGGGGCUCCCCAGCCCGGCACGCCCCUCCUCUCCCUUAUUUGUAUGGCAGCGCAGCUGGUAUUUUAUUUUCAAAUGAAUAGAUCAGACUGCAAGAUUUUAUGCUGGAA